UUGUAGGCUUCAAGGAUUCAACUGGAUCUUCGAUAAGUCUCCUAGUUCCAAGUUGCAGGCUUCAAGGAUUCAAUUGGAUAUUCGAUAAGCCUCUUUGUUCCAGUUCCAGGCUCCAGUUCUUUAACUGAAUCUUCGAUAAUUCUCCAGUUUCCAGGCUUCAUUGUUUUAACUAAAUAUUCCAUAAUUCUCCAGGCUCCGAGACCAACUAACGAAGACGUAAAAGACGUCUUCAGCGGAUUCGCCCAGAGUCCGGAAAGGAUCUUCCAGAGAUUCUUGGAGACACUUGGAUCGCAGGCGACGAGAAGCUUCCCCCGGGAAGCCCAGGAUGGAACCCGCCCCCCUUUUUCUAAAACUAACGAUACUUCACAGCGAUGACAACUACAUAGUUAACAAUAUGAAACGUGUUGUGAACAAUUUGUUGUCUUCUCGAGCGAGUGCAUCGCGUCGAGAUUUGCUGGGAGCUACCGAUGCUCCUUGUUAUCCUUUAUUAUCAUCCCCACAUCGGUCCCUAACAGUCUACCGACCAGCGAAAAGAUUAGGACUCAGGAGAAUUCGAGAGUACUACCUUCCUAGGAGAAGGAAAGAUAAUUUCCCUCGUGCGUCGAGAAGCGUCGAGAGGAAGAUGGAGGCGACGGAAGCGCCAACAGCAAGACAGUUCCCUCCGAGACAAAACUUGCCUCACGACGGAAAGCUAGAAACUAGACGAAUUCUCCGGCCGAAGAGAGGGCUUAGCGUGAGGCAGAACCUUCUGAAUCGAAGAGCAGAAGGUUUCUGUAGUAGUACUGUUAUGCAGGACGGCAGAGGAACGAAGAGGAAGUUCCAGGAGGCCGAAGUGAAAGACCCCGACACCAAACGGGCAAGGACAAAGGAAGAUGGCUGGCUUGUAGCUGGAAACACUCCUUGUUAUACCCAGUUGCUGGCAAGGAGCAGCUUUCCCCGGCCAGAGCCUAUGGACUUGGAAGAGGAACUUGCUACGUUCUGUGCCCCUGAGACCAAAGCAGCGCCCCGCAAAUGGAAGAGGAGGUACGUGAGGAACAGAGCAGCGAAUCGUUUCCCUCGAGUGCUGAGAAACAUCGAGGGAAUGAAGAGAAAGAUAGAGGACGCAGGGGAGUCAUCCCUGUCCAACAUGAGACUCAGGAAGGAUGAAGACGAAGCGGCGACUGCUAGUCCUACCCGAAGGCCUCCUCUGAAAGCAAUGCGAGGAGGUAUGAUAAAGGUGGUAGCUCUGAGGAAGAGGUUUGCGGAUAAUUCCCAGAGAAGGCCACAAGACUGUCAGGGAAAGAAGAGGAAGCUGGAGGAGGACGAGGAAAUUAUUGCAUCCGUCGAUCAGGAGAAAAUGGAGGCCAAAGGCAAGACGGAACCCCUGAACAAAAGACGGAAGGCGGACCAAAGCCCUCCUCCUCCUCGCAGUCCACCAAAGGCACCGAAAAGGCUACCUCGGCAGGCAAAGGCCAACGCAGUGGACAGAAUCCACAAGGUGUAUGGUGUCCCCGCCGAGAGAACUAAGCCGGGCCAUAGUGCAGCAGCUGACGAGGAGAAAAUGAAAAAGGUAAAUGAAAAAGUUGAGGAAAAAGCUCAGAAAAAGGCAGAAGCAGCAAAAGGAGAGAGAACGGACGUUUCCCCCGACAAACCUCAACAGAAGAAGCUGGGGAAAAGGAAAAGGAAAAAAGAGCCUCCGAAGAAUCAGGCUGAAAAAAAACAGAAGAAGCAGAAGAAAAUGGAGGCUCCAAAGAACCAGGCUGAGAAGAAUAAGAAGAAAGAGGAGCCUCAGAAGAAGCAAUCUGAGAAGAGAACGAAGAAAGGUGCGAAAGGCCCCCAAAAUCAGAAGGACACACGGAAGACAGAAGCCAUAAUGAUGAUUGAGGCUGAGGUUGCCGAGCUCCUCAAGGAAGGAAAGGAGCUGGGCGCGGGGACCUACGGAACCGCUUACAAGGUCGUCCACAAGGGAGAGGUAGCCGUCCUAAAGGUGGCCAAUUCACGCCUGUGGAGUGUGAAAGCGGCUUUCAAAAAGGAAGCGAAGGUUCUUCAGGCCCUCAAUGGCACAGGAGGUGCUCCUCUGCUGUUUGGCACCUGCAGCAAACCAGCAGCUAUCCUCAUGGAGUUUUGCCCUGGCGAAGAGUUCCUCUCGUUUAUAAACGACUCGAAGAACUCUCCUUCCCUCGCUUUGGGAAUCCUUCCGGACAUUGCGAGGGAACUGCACCAGAUCCACUUGGCAGGUUACGUCCACGUGGAUUUGAAGACGGAUAACGUCAUGGUCCACGUCCCAGAAGGCAAGGGCAAGAAACAGGUGAAGCCCAGGAUAAUCGACUUCGGAAUAGCUGUGGAAAGGAGAAAGGUAAUAGAGCUAUAUCCGAAUUUUUCAGAUUCCAUCUACCCGCCUGAGUACACGGAAGGUGCGCCGGCGCAGCCCUCUGGGGACGUAUAUUCCAUGGGAUGUCUUAUUGAGGAUACGAUCUAUGCCUUCACCGAUCACAUCCCACAGCACUAUGAGGAAAUUAUAAACAUGGCGAAGAACGAGAACCCAAGACUUCGCCCAACAGUCCCAAAGUUAGUGAAACUGUUAGAAGCAGCAAGAAAGAUGCCCGACCUACAAUAGAAACCACAGGGGUAGCCAAGACAGUAUAAAAAAGCCCCUAGACACCUUCUAGUAUUGCUCUGUUCCUCUAUGGAGAUUCUGCAUGUAGAAAGUCUCUGUUAUGCGAACAACUGGUCGGAUUUCUAGAUCAUCUAGAAACACGGCUCGCAGAGGGAAGC